AUGCCCGAGUCCGUCGACCCCCGGAUGACAAGCAUCAAGCCCCGCAUCCGCUACAACACCAUCGGAGGCAUUAACGGACCGCUGGUCGUCCUCGACAAUGUCAAAUUCCCCCGUUACAACGAGAUUGUCUCGCUCACACUGCCCGAUGGCACGGAGCGUUCAGGUCAAGUGUUGGAAGCUAGAGGCAACCGAGCCAUUGUACAGGUGUUCGAGGGUACUUCAGGUGUUGACGUGAAGAAGACCAAAGUCGAGUUCACCGGUCAUAGCUUGAAGCUUGGUGUGUCUGAGGACAUGCUGGGUCGUGUGUUCGAUGGUUCAGGACGUGCUAUCGACAAGGGUCCCAAAGUGCUUGCGGAAGACUACCUGGAUAUUAAUGGCCAGCCCAUUAACCCCUACUCCCGGGUCUACCCGGAGGAGAUGAUCUCUACUGGUAUCUCUGCCAUCGACACUAUGAACUCUAUUGCUCGUGGUCAGAAGAUUCCAAUUUUCUCCGCCGCUGGUCUGCCCCAUAACGAGAUCGCCGCAAGUAUAGCCAGGCAAGCCAGUCUGGUCAAGAAGCCCACUAAAGAUGUCCAUGAUGGUCACGACGAGAACUUCUCUAUUGUAUUCGCUGCCAUGGGUGUCAAUAUGGAGACCGCCCGAUUCUUUACUCGCGAGUUCGAAGAGAACGGCAGUAUGGAGCGUACCACACUCUUCCUGAACUUAGCCAAUGACCCGACUAUCGAGCGGAUUAUUACUCCUCGUCUAGCCUUGACAACUGCUGAAUACUAUGCCUACCAACUCGAGAAGCACGUUCUCGUCAUUAUGACUGAUCUUUCGGCCUACUGUGAUGCUUUGCGUGAAGUCUCCGCUGCCCGUGAAGAAGUCCCUGGUCGUCGUGGUUAUCCUGGUUACAUGUAUACAGAUUUGUCGACUAUAUACGAGCGUGCUGGUCGUGUUGAGGGUCGUAAUGGUUCUAUUACUCAGAUUCCUAUCUUGACUAUGCCUAACGAUGAUGUAUCCAACCAGCUCUACGCGAAGUAUGCUAUUGGUCGUGAUGCUGCUGCCAUGAAGGCCGUCGUUGGUGAAGAAGCCCUUUCUGCUGAAGACAAGCUUUCUCUGGAGUUCCUCGACAAGUUCGAACGCAGCUUUAUUAGCCAGUCUGCCUACGAGGCCCGCACCAUUUUCGAGUCUCUGGACAUUGCCUGGAACCUACUCCGCAUUUACCCCAAGGAGCUCCUCAACCGUAUCCCCAAGCGUACUCUUGAUGAGUUCUACGCCCGUUCCGCUCGCAAGAUUGCUAGCAAGGAUACGCGCGAUAACUCAGGCGAGCGGCAAGAUACCUCGGCGCAGCAAAGUACUAACCUUAUCGAUGCGUAA